AUGCACAUUGGGACAAACGCGCAUGACUCACAAGGGGCGUCGGGCUGUGCGAAAGUCGAUGUAGGGUCAGGCACUGAUGUUCGCGGGCGUACAUCACAAAAGAUGUCCAAUUGUGAGCACUUUGAGACAGAAACUGAGACUCGAGCUCCAGACGGGGGGUGGGGUUGGAUGUGUGUUUUAGGAUGUUUUACCGUGAAUACUCUCGGAGUUGGCAUGGACAGGACGUUUGGAGUAAUCUACCUUAUUCUGAUUGAUAUGUUUGGUUCUAGUGCCAAAUUGACAGGAGGGGUCUUGUCGGUAUUUUCUACAUGUCGCUAUUGUCUAGGUCCAGUAAGCAGUUCCCUGGCCAAUCUGUUCACAGCCAGGAAAGUGGUAAUGAGCGGUGGUGUAUUAAGCAGUCUGGGUCUGAUACUUAGUGCCUUCCCACCAAAUAUCUACUACCUGUUCUUUUCUUUUGGACUAGUUGCAGGAAUAGGAGCUGCUCUUUGCGCUACCCCUAGUGCAGUGAUCGUGGGGCAGUAUUUCCACAAAAAGCGUGCACUUGCCAACAGUAUUGCCUCCAUGGGAGCCGGGAUAGGUUCCUUGGUUCUACCGCCGUUCCUAACUUAUCUAGUAUAUCACUACGACUAUAGUGGUCAGAUGCUCAUUAUGGGGGCUAUCAUGCUGAACCAAGUGGUAGGCGGCGCCCUCUUUAGACCUUUGUUUCCCAAGAGAAACCAUGAAGAACAGAUACUUUCUACAACGAAAAGAAAUGUUAAAGAAUGCUCUAGAAUUAAUGGCAAUCCCAAAACUAUUCAUGGAAUGAAACAGUCGGAAGUUGGAGAUGAUAAGUUGGAAAUGAAGCAAACUAUUUUGGGUCACAAAAAUUCAUCAGCAGGAACAAGUGCAUGCCCAAAAUCACCGCCAUAUACAUUCCCAAAAUGUACACAGGAGGGAAAGCGUUCAAAAACAUUUGGAAAUCCUGUCAAGAAAAGCUCAAUUUGGAAAACAAAUGCGGUACUCCAUGAACUACGCGUAUAUGGUAAUCUUCUAAAAAAUGUCCGUUUUCUGACCUUUGGGUUGAACUGGACUUGUCUAGCUAUGGGUCCACCAACAGGACUUAUGUUCCUUGGUGCAAUAGCCGAGGAGCACGGUGUACCACGAAGUCAGUCGCCACUCCUUUAUUCCAUACAAGGUAUAUCUGAUAUUGCAUCCAGGGUAAUGGUAGCUUUUCUGUGUGACCGCACGUGGCUAAGACGGCGGCGACAUCAUGUGUACAACAUCAGUUUUGUGAUUUUGGGCGUUGUGCUAUGUAUUGUUCCAGAAGGAAGAACGUUUCCCCAGUUUGCUGCUUGUGCAUCGUUCAUGGGCAUGUCUCAAGGGAUGAUCAUGUCACUGAGCUUUACGGUGAUUGUUGACGUCUUUGGUCCAGAUUUGUUGAAACACACCUAUGGGUUAGGUUAUUUCUUUUAUAGUGUUGGUACCCUGUGUGCACCAUCAACGGCCGGAUUGCUCAAGGACGAAUACGGGACGUACCGCUACCCAUUUUAUUUCGCAGGAUAG